UGGGCAUUGAAUCGUUGUCGACUAGAUUAACGCUACCCAAUUGUUUUUUCUACUGUCUGUAUCUGAGUCGUUUAAGAGAAAAUAAACUGAACAGAAAAGUAUCACUUUGAACCAAUUUUUUAUUAUGCCUAUACACUCGUAUCUGUGUUGAUUGUACAAUCAUGUGUACUAAGUAGUCAGUGAUUGUGCUUUUUCGAACUUGCUUUAGUUUACACACCAAUGAUUCAUGAUACUGCUGCUAAUAAUUCUAAAGAAUCAGGAAUAACUACAGGAACCUCAAUUCCUUCUCAUGAAAACCGACCUGGUAACAAUUCUUUACCAUCAUAUCGUAGCGGAGAUUUCUCUAGAACAAUGAAACGAAAAGCAUCUCGAAUCAGUCAUCAUAAAGCUAAACGUGAAAUGAGAAACGCACCAUGGACGCCCGGUGAUGAUUAUUUAUUGAUAAAUUCCGUUGUCAUGGUAUGUAACCUUACAGAAGUGUGUCACACUGUAAGAUUCGCUGUUCAUUUUACGGAGAAAGAAAUUGAACGUCGUUGGCGUGAUUUAUUAUUCGACCCAAUCGUAUCUAGCACUGCGCUGAAAGCAAUCGAGCACCUUCCUUCGUUUAUGAAAUCCCAAUUAGAUAGACAAAUACCAUUCAGUUCACAAGAGGAUAAUAUUAUAGCUCAAAUUUCUUUCUCCGAUGUCUAUCCAGACGGUGUGUUCAAAUCGCUUAAUAUACAUAGUCUGAAUCCCUCCAUAUUUACAGAAAUUUUACGCAAAUAUCCAACAGUAUUCUACCAUGGACGAGAUGAACUAGAUUUAUAUCGUCAGUGGUGUCGUUUCUACAGUUGCCAUUGCAUCGUUGUAAAAGAUGGUGUAAAGUUGAAGUCAAUACCUAACUUUAACACCUCAUUAUCGACUUCACCAGAUGUCAAAACAACAGGUGCGACGACAACAGCAAUAAAAAAUUGUGAUGGUAUAUCUUUGCUGAAAAAUGUUGGUUAUUCUAAUUCUAUAGCAUUAGGUGGUGAUCCACAAAGUUUUUCUGAUACAGAAUUAUUAUUAGAGGAGACAGUAACCAAUGCAGUCGUUGCAGGAAUCCCUAAAUUAACUGAACCAUCGACAGUGUCACGUAGACAACAUAUGCUAAAUCAAACAUCAUAUCAUGGUUUCCAAGGUCUUGUUACACAAACAGUCUUGGAAGUACUCCUUAAAGAAUAUUCUAGUCAAUUAAAUGAUUCACUUGUACAUCCUAGUCUACAGCACCACUCUUCUCCGACUUCUGCCGCUUCUUCUUCUUCUUCAACAACAACAACGUCCAGUACACGUGGAGCAAUAGCAACAGGUCUAGAGUUGAAAUCGUCAAUCGACCAUGAUCAGAGUCACUCACUACUAAUACAAGAAACAAGUAAUAAAUCACAUUUAUUGUCCUUUAUAAGUUCAUCACCUGUACCAUCAUUACUAAGUAAUCAAGAAUUUGAUUUUAAAGUAAGUAUUUUUCUACUCUAAUUAUUGAGUAGUUGUGUUGUUGCUGUAAGUGAGGAAGUAGAAAUCUAUUCUUCAAAACUAUGGUUUGUUAUAAUAGGCGUAGUCAGCUAUUUUUCAGUCAUUUGCUCAGUUUUGAUUACUGUUACAGCUAACUUAUUGUUUUGACAACGUCAACUAAUUUUGUUCCAAUCAACUUUAUCUUGGGCUCUCUUUCCCAGUUAGUGUUAGGUGCCAUUCAUGGUCCUAAUGUCCACGUUAAAGUAUCACAGCCAUGUGUUUUUUACUCUAUUUCUUUUCCUUCCUUGUGGAUACCAAGUUGCGAAUAACCUCAACUUACUAGUCCAGUUCAAUAGUUAACGAAAAACCCUCGAUUGUUAUCAUCCUUUGUUAUAUUUCUUUCUUACAGGUUAUGACCCAGCUAUUCCUAUUGUUUAGUAUUCUCGUACACCGAUUCACUCGACAAGUCCCCAAAUCAGAACACGGUUGAACAGGAAAAAGAUUAUAUUCCAAAUAACAAGGUUAGGUGGAAGUAAGAAGCACAAUAUGGAAAACGUUAGUAUAUUUAUAGUUUUUACAUGAAAAGAUUCUAGAGUAUUCUCCAAGUAUCGACUAGUGCUGAUUAGAUAAGAAUUAACCAAUCAGCGUGCACCAAAGCAAUCGUGCAUUGAGCAUGCUUUAACCCAGUCUAUGUCCCGCUAACAUCCUUAAAUCGUCUGUUCAUUCAAUCGAAUUUCUAUAGGUGGAAAUGUAUGGAGUUAAUUUUCGCAGAAAAAUACGACUACUUAUUUUGGUAGAUUUUUUUAGUCGAAUAAGAUUGACACGAUACUGUAGGAAUCUAUCAUUGAACCAAGAAACUUACGAUUUCACAAACACUAGUUACCUAUGUAAUAUUAUCAAUUUAAACCAAAGUACACAAACCAUAUGAUAAACUAAACGUUUUACAAUAGACUUCAUAAACAAAAGUAAUUGACCAACUUGUGUUAGUUAUUAAAAAAACAAGAGGCGAGACUAUAAUUUAUGAUCAGCCAGUCAAUCAGCUACAGCGUAGAACCAGGCACAUAUAUGGAUCAGUCCAAGUUGCUACACCUCAUUAGCACAACAACUUACGCCUGUUGCUCCCAAUGGAGCAUAGGCCGCUGACCAGCAUUUUCCAACCCACUCUGUCCUGGGCCUUCUUUUCUAGUUCCAUCCAAUUCUUGUUCAUUUUUCUCAUGUCUAUCUCCAUUUCUCGGCGUAAUGUGUUCUUUGGUCUUCCUCUUUUCCUUUGGCCUUGAGGAUUCCAAGUGAGGGCUUGUCUUGUGACGCAGUUGGGUGCUUUCCUCAAUGUGUGUCCUAUCCACUCCCAGCGCUUCUUCCUGAUUUCUUCCUCCGCUGGGAUCUGGUUUGUUCUCUCCCACAGUACGUUGUUGCUAAUAGUGUCCGGCCAACGGAUCUGAAGUAUUUUGCGUAGACAAUUGUUAAUAAACACCUGUAUUUUCUGGAUGAUGGCUUUCGUAGUUCUCCAGGUUUCUGCCCCAUACAGUAGAACUGUCUUGACAUUUGUAUUGAAAAUCCUGACCUUGGUGUUGUUUGACAGUUGCUUUGAGUUCCAGAUGUUCCUCAGUUGUAAAUAUGCUGCUCUUGCUUUGCCGAUCCGCGCCUUCACAUCUGCAUCAGAUCCAACAUGUUCAUCAAUGAUGCUGCCCAGAUAUGUAAAGGUUUUUACAUCUUCCAAAUCUUCUCCGUCAAUUGUGAUUGGAUUGGUGCAUUCUGUGUUGUAUCGGAGAAUCCUGCUUUUCCCUUUGUGUAUAUUGAGACCUACUGCUGCUGAGGCUGCUGCCACACUGUUUGUCUUCUCCUGCAUCUGUUGUUGCGUUUGGGAUAGAAGGGCCAGAUCAUCUGCGAAGUCUAGAUCAUCCAACUGCAUCUUAGAUGUCCAUUAGCACAACAAGACGGACACGAAAUUCAUAGAGGUAGUUACUUCAAUGGUAGUAAUAUAUAAAAGAAACAUUGUGUAUAAGGAUAUAAUACAGUAAGAAAGAAUUAGUUCGCAGAAAUGUAUAAAUUAAUUUUAAUCUCACGCUUUAACUAGAGACGCAAUUGUGAUCGGUUCUGAGCCAUGUCACCAAGAGUUCCCAACCAUUGGUUACGAUAGUCACGCGGACCCCAACCAAGUAGUCUGCAUCUACCAACAUGGUUAAGACUAAAAGUUGGUGACUUCAAGCACUGAUGCCACGUUUUGAUUUGGCUGCCCCUAACUUUCUUCCAACCAUCCCCAACACCGGUUAGCAUUGCACGUCGUGUUAAUCGGUGUUCAGGCAUAUGUGACACGCGGACCAACCAUCUCAGUCGAUGAAAAUUCACAAUUUCAUCAACUGGUUUACCAUCAUUCCCUAAUACCCUACGUCUAACCUCACUAUUACUUACCCAGUGAUCCCCGCAGAUGCAAGCAAUAUUUCUAAGGCAUCCGUGAUCAAAUACUAGUAGCUUACGAGUGUGUUCUAUCCUUAAUGGCCAUGUUUCGCUGCCGUAAAUUAAAACAGGACGAACUGCCGCGCAGUAUACUCGUCUUUUAGUUGAUAGACGAAUAUCUCGCCUUCGCCAUAGGUGAUGUAAGUUGGUAAAAGCCAAACGAGCUUUCUGAAUCCGUACAGAGGUUUCGUCAGACUCGAAUUUAUUAGGGCUGAUCAGACUUCCAAGACAAGUGAAGUUGUCAACGUAUUCGACUACUUCAUUCCCUUGCUUUUGUUCAGGUGUUGACGCAGGCCAGUCCUGAAGCAACAACUUGCAUUUAGAAGGAGAGAAGCGCAUCCCAAAUAUUCUGGCAUUGUUCCUCAGUCCUACCAGACGACUUUGCAUUUUAUCAGCGUCUUCACCGAACAGGACUAUGUUAUCUGUAUAUACUAAGUCGAUAAGUGGACCUCCUGGAAGGAUAUCAAUACCCGAGAAUUCAGUCGACGAGAGCAUUAUUUCCAUCAGUAGGUCUUUGAUGAAGUUAAACAGAAAUGGAGAAAGUGGACAGCCUUGACGGAAACCACUUGAGGUUGCAAAAGCAGAUGACAGUUCGCCAUAAGCUCUGACUCGACUGGUAGUGUUCGAGUAAAAAGCCUUCACAAGGUUUAUGUACUUCUGGGGUACGCCUUUCAAUGACAGACACUGCCACAGAAUCUCGCGGUCUACCGAGUCAAGUGCUGCUUUUAAGUCGAGAAAGACCACCAUUGUCAAACGCCUAUGAGUAUGCCUGUGUUCUUGAACCUGACGAAUGGUGAAUAUGUGGUCGAUACAGCCACGACCAGGUCUGAAGCCAGCUUGAUUCUCUCGUGUUUGCAGUUCACGAGUCUUUGUUACGCGUCUGAUAAUUAUUGAUUCUAGUAAUUUAGAUGCUAUGUUAGUCAAACUAAUCCCUUUAUGGUUGUCACAGGAUGAUUAUGACCUUCUCUUAUAUAUUGGGAUGAUAAGUGAUUGUGACCAGUCAGAUGGGAUUUUAGCUAAAAUAUUAGUCAACCUAAUCGCUAAAAUUGGACCACCAUCCUUAAAGACCUCUGAAGCCAAUCCAUCUGGACCAGCUGCCCUUCCUCGUUUCAGAUUAACUAUAGCCUUUUGAACUUCAGCAAGAGUUGGGGGACCUACUUCAAUGUUCCAUUCACACUGUCUGGAAAUGGAGGGUAGUUGUAUAGUAGCUGAAAGCCAGCGCAACUGUUCUCUAAAAUGUUCCGCCCAUCGUUCUAAACGUCUGGACUGGGAGUAGAUAGGAAUGUCGUCUUUUUCCGAGAUAGUCUCACUUACACUUGAAUUUUUAGUUCCAGUUUUUUUUGUUAGUCUAAAAAGCUCUCUGAUGUUACCUACAGCCACUACCUUUUCCAUCUUUUUUGCUUUUGUUGCUGACCACUUCUCACGGUCGUUCUUUAGACUGUUGGUCAACCUUGAUCUGAUUUGCUUUCGCUCUUCAUCGUGUUCAGAGCCUGACGGGACGAGUUUACGAGAAUCUAUCAGUACAAUGGACCUUGAAGAAAUCCAUUGGUUCUUUUAACCCUGUGGUUUAAGUACUAAUAGAUGUCACUGCUUUUUCCACAGCUGUUUGUAUAUCUUUCCAAUCAACAUCUGGGUCAGCCUCGUUUUCAGAACUACCUAAGUGUGACCUCAGUUGUUCCUGGAAUCUACAUUUGGUUUUCUCGCUACUCAAUUCACUUCUAAUGGCUCAUUUUAGUGUUGCUUUUUUGCGUCCAGUGAGGUGCAAGGAGAUGCGUGCUCGUAUUAGAGCAUAGUCGGAGUCUAAGCAGGUAUUUCAAAAUGAGCGAAAAUCUUCCAUCGAUCCAUUUAGCCGAACAGCACAUAAACGACUGUUAACGGGGCCCCACUCUAACAGCGCUUGUUCCGCCCCCAUGCUUAGUGCUAUGCCUACACCUGCCAGUCCACAAGAACUGGUCAUCGGGUCUCCAGAUACACGGAGGGUUUAACUCGUCGGCUCUCCCUUUUGCCGAGGUGAGGUCAAGUGAAUGACCACACUGGGAUCUUGUAUGCGUGCUUCGGAGACACAGCAUAAAUCAAUGGUACGAGAUUCUAGGGUUCUAGCCAAGGAGGGCCGCUGACCGAUUUGACAUAGUGUGCGUGAGUUGAAGGCUGAAAUGUGUAGUUUGGAGCGUGGUUUCAAUAGACCUGGGAAUGUUUUGCGCACUAGAAUCGUUGGUUAUGGUGACACUUGAGGAAGAAGUCUGUUAUGACCUUGACGUCUGGUUUUUCUAUCACACGAAUUAUCUACCAAUCCGAAUACGACUUAUACGAAUAUUCACACUAGGCCAACCAAUGACGUUCAACCGGUGUGGGCAGUUUAGCGUCCUUAUUGGUCCUAUGUCCUCCGAGCCCUUCCACUUGAGUCCAGAACAGAAUAUCAGCUUCCGUAAUAUGAGUCGAAUCGUUUAAUUCAGACAUAAUCGGUUUAUAUAUCAACCAGACAGACCACAACGUAACAUAAAAUAGAAAAUAACAUGUGUACACAAAUAAGCCAAAAAGUGACUAUGAAUGAAGGGGACAGUAACUAAUAGACUGAGCGUAGCUUAAGAACCGUAAAUCGUACAAUAAUAAAUUAUAGGUCAAAAUAAAGCUUAUCAUAAAAGGAAUAUAAAUAUACAUAGUGUAAUUGUUGAGUAGUUAUACAAUAAGAAUAUUAGUCCAUGAAUAGUCCUUGGAAGUUACCCGUAAUUUAAUCUUCACCGGAUAUAACAAAGCCGAAAGAGGAAGUUUAGAGUUGAAAGUCGAUGUAGGUGGAAUAAUAGGAAUUAAAGAGGGUGGUUGAUUAUGAAUACAGUGACCGUCGGAGACGGAUAUCCGUGGAUAAGGUGAGGUGUGCAUUUUUAAGGUUGACCUUUUCAAACCCCACCCUUCCUUGUGGGAAGGCAGCAUCGCUGCAGAUGCUGGUUGUCUGAAGAAAACACCUUACUGCCGUCACACCUCUGUACAGUCAGCAGUAGGACUUUGUCUUCGGACCUUGGGUUUACCGCUUUCAGUCUUGUUGUUCUUCAACCGACCUUUCUGACAUGGUAGAAACUUGAAAAACGAUUGUUCCAGUCAGCAUAGCUCGGUUGCUUCAUCACGAUAGACAAGUCUGACCACCACAUCAAGGUAGGAGCAACGAUCGAGAUAAUUUGUGAAUGAACAAAUCAUAUUUAGUAUAACGCGUCUUAGAUUUUGGUGCUAAGUUCAUUCAUCCAUUUGGUUAGAUAGCGUUUUGCCAUUUUAGCUGAUGUUGGUUCGUGAUGAAAACCCUAAAUCUAAUUCCUAACCAUAACUAUCAACUGUAAAUCAUAAUAGUUGUCCUUCACACAAGUUUCUAAUCCUCAUUUAGCUCUAGUAAAUUGGUGGAUGUUUCCAAGGUCACUUUCGAUUCGCUCAACAGUUGUCUAUAAAUAAUAGUCUCACCACAAAGUCACAUGAUAGUAACAUAUGAAUAUAUUUUUUUAAAGGUUUUUGUUAUAACAUUCGGUUUUCCUCGUCUAUGCGUAUAGGACGCUAAUUUGCAUUAAACAGAUAUCUAUACUAGAUACCCUCCCAGUGUCUAUUCUACAGGAAUUCAACACAACUCAGAAUACUAACACGUGACUAAUCUGACUAGAACGUAAGUACAUUUCUGCACCAAAAACCGACAACAAUCACAGUAAUGAUAUGGGUAGGAGAAUAUAUAACUCAUCUAACGCCUAUCAGACCAUCGACAGGUCUGAUUAAGUAAACUAAUCAUUAUGAUUCUCUCCCACAUCAGUUUUGUUACACGUACUGUUUAGUACUGUUAUUGUAUUGUUGCACAUCGUUGUUGUAUAUAUAUUUCAAGAGAUUGUUUAUUGGUAAUUGAAGGACGACAUAAUGUAGAGGAUUAAAAGUUUGAGGUUAUCAACAGUGAUUUCUCUGAGCUAAGGAUUCACAGCAGCUUUCAGUAGUCCUCAUCACCAUUGUUCACACGAGGAGAUUGUCUGCCUCUGAUAAAAAACAUAACAUUAACGCUGAAUUCCUACUGAAUAUGUAUGAAAACUAUCAAACAGUUAGUAGAGGCAUCAUCUUUACAAUUAAUUAAUCACUGAGUAGUAGUUGCCAUUGUCUUGUAUGUCAAAUCUUAGUACUGAUUGGAUUCUAUCGACCAAGCUACAUUCUGGACACUAUUUUCGGCUACUUGAUGUCCCAUGCACUAUAUUGAAACGUCAGAUGGCGUUUGGAGGUAGUCGACAAAAAUCCUGCUCGACCUAGGUUUCGUACUUCUUAACACUCGUCGAUAAGGUGUGUCUGCAACCUUAAGGGAACUUAUGCUUGUCAGAGUAUUGGAUCAUAUGACAGUCAGAAGAGACGUCGCCAUCAAACAAUCUGGACUAUAAGCAGUACUGGCUGGUCAAUAGAGUUAGAUCAACACUAAGACGGACUUUUGAUGGAGUUUUGUUCUCUGAGCUAUUUGGUUUGGUCGUGGAGCUUUCAUCGUUCUUCUGAACAACAUCAUCAGCACAAACUUCAGACAGAAGUGAAGUGUUCGAACUUCUCAACAUACGACGCAGUUUGUCCUGUAGACUUCGAUCUUGAUUGGCUAUUGUUGACUUUUAACCUGUCAUUGUGUACUUCUUUGUUUGGAUUAUAUUUUCUGUUGAUUUGAUCCUCGGUCCUAUAUUUGUCCACGGUUCUUCUGAUUGGUUAAUAGAUUGUAUCGAUUUUAAUUUGUUUAUUAAUUGCUGAUUGACCUGAGUGCCGAGCUUUGGAAAAUUCUCUGGUGUUUUUAGAAUUUCCUAUAUCCAAGAUCUCAGGAUUUUUUUGGUCGGAUGUGUAUCCACAGUUGAUUGAUAUAAGCGAGAAUACUUCAUGGCAUUUGACCACUAAUCAGUGUUCGUGCAGGCAAAGGUGAAGUGGCCAUUUACUUUGUCCAAUGUAGUGUUCCUCGCAGUUGGGACAAUUUAUAUUGUAGAUGAUAUUCGAUUUUUCUUUUGUCAUUUCGUUCUUUGGACUUAGUAUACACGAUAUCGGUCACUGCUCAGUGAUUAAAUAAUUCUAACCACUUCUCAAUCCUACAGAACGUCAGUCUCAGCCCAAAUAAUUCAGUGAUAACGUCUCUUUUGACUGUGGAGCUGGGUGACAUGGUAUCUAAUCAUCCGAGGAGUAUCUGUUGUAGGAUAUAAUUUGUCCUACAGAUAUACGACUAGAACUGUAAACGCGAUACUGGCGAUCCCAGAGUCUAUGUGAAAGCUGUAGUCAGAACAAGGACAACUUGACUUUCAACUUUAUUUCUAAACAUAAAAACAACUAGAUUAGUACAGUAGUUAAAGGAAUUUUAGUCAUCAAGUGGAACGCACAACCAUACCGACCAGUACUGCGUGUUUUAUCGAAAUGAGUAAAAAAUUAUGAGUCACACCAAUACUCUAAUAAUGUCCUUCAAUUUGCAGGUCAAAUGCAACAGGGACAGUCGACAGACACAUCCGACCGGAUUGACGUGGUGGGCGCUUAAACAAUGACUUGACUUCGCUACUGCCGCGCUCAAAUAAUCGGCCUAUUCCAAUAGGCACAGGUUCCGUAUAUCACUACUGAUCUCUUCACUUGCUGUCUUCAGCCAAACUGUUCUGACUCGUCCAUCUGGACCUGUCUAACUAUAGCUUUCAGCCACAGAUUUCUCUGCGAGCCAGUAUUGUUUAUUGACACUAAAUCUCCAGGUUGUAGAUUUCUUCUCAUGUCGCUUGAAGGGUUGGUAGGUACUCUUGUAACCAUCCGUUCAAGAAUAGGUUGGCUAGUUGUUGUGCUUCCUUCCAUCUGUUAUGUAAGCACGUUUUACUCAUCUGCGCUUCAUCGAAUGAUACACCUCUAUGAACUAACAAUAACUUAUUUGAUGCGGGUAUAUCCAGGUUAUCACGGUCAUUAACUAGCUUUACGAGUGGUUGGUUGCUUAGUAUUCCUUCAGCCUCUAUUAAAAACGUCUCCAAAGUCUCGUCCGUCAAUACCUUCUGAAACAGUAGCGAUCGUUGAAUCCUUCUUAUCGACUUUAUUAUGCAUUCAUAUACACUGCCUCAAUGACUAGCUCUAGGAAUGUUAAAAUGCCAUCCACAACCUCUUUCUGAAAGGGCAUUUGCAAUCUUAUUUUGGUCCCAACUACACGUAAUCUAAGACUAGCAUUAGCUCGUUUAAAGCUACCAGAUGCACCCUUACUCUUAUUAUCAACUCGUACAAAGGCGCCUUUCUCAACAUCAUGUACGAUAUCACGGUGAAUAUGUGCUGCUGCUUCUUCAGGGUCUUAGUUACUGGCUUCUUCGGUGUCUUGACUUUCGGUUCAGUGACCUUUUCAUUAGGCUUUUUGGAGUUGAUUUGGGUUUAACAGCAGAAUGCAUUAUAGUUUUCGGUUUAGCAACCUUGGGUUUAACGUCAACAAUUUUCUUUUCUGCUACUUGUCUUUGUACACGUUUAACACUUUCCUCAGUACAGAGUUCGGUAUUGAUGUGGACAAUACUAUUACUAUCUCUCUGCUCUUCUGGCUUCCUGUGUAACAAGGUAUGGCGUCUCCAGCCACAUCCUUCGACGGCACAUGACCUCGGUGCUCGACAGUUUCUUGCUAUGUGGUUUGCCUUCAAACAGACACAACUUCUUUAGUACAAAUUCUAUCUUUUCAUUAAUAUCCUUAUCUCUAAACCUUCCGCAUUGGUCUAAGGGGUAGUUUUCAUUACAUAAUAAACAUGGGAACCCAAGAGUGCUUGGUCUUACGUGUGGAGGUAGUCCUCUUAGUAAUGUGUAACAGUGGGCAACACGCCAGUGUUCUAGACAAAAUUAAAGAUAGAUUCAAAAUUGUCUCUAUAUGACCUCUAAUAUUUCAAGAGAAAACCGUCUUUGGAGUUGUAGAAAUUAUUAUUAAGCUUUCAAUAAUAAAGCUUCUCAUUCAAUCAUAGUCUUCUUCCUCAGCGCUAGAGGUUUGUCAAACGAUAGAAACGUGACUUAAUCGAACUCUCGAGUAUAAUUGAUUGCUAUCUAUGAGAAAUGAUUUGACAAACAUUUUAGUAAUUUACUAUGCUUUAUUUCUAUGCUGAUUAAAAUAUAACAAGCGCUUAACCUUUAAACCACUGAGUCAGGAUCCAGUAUUUUAUAUCCCUUCCUUCAAUCGAUUCACAAUAUUGUACGACCAUCUUCCAUUUGCAUAAGCAGGUUACUAAUACCUGUCCUAUAAAUAGAUUUUGUCUGAGAUAAGGUUGUGGUUGGAUGUAGUCAACAGGAGACCCUGGACCCAGAUUUUGUGCUAUUUGGCACUCAUCAGCAAAGUGUGCCUGUAGUCUUGAGGGAACUGGUUCUCCAUGACAGAUGUCGAGUCACCUAGACUAGUGGCUACAUUGCGACUUGGUCGAUAGUAUUCGAUAUGCACUAAAAAGGACUUGACACAUAUGACAUUGAUCACCACUGAGUGAUCAAUUUAUUGUGGAUACAUCUCAGCCCUACAGGAGGUCACUCGCGGCCUAGAUAGCCCAGUGGUAACGUCUCUGACCUGCAACCACCACCCAGUGAUCAAUCAUUUGUGAAUAGAUUUUGUCUUCAUAUUUCGAUGUAUAUUCAUAAUUCCAGCCAAGAUGAAAUUGAUAAUUCAUUGGAUAAUAAUUUUUGUUCUGUUCUAGCGUCGAUUAGAAUUACAUCGACGUCGCGGACGUUUGUGGGCACAUUUACGUCGAAAUAAAGAAGAGGCUAGACGUUGGACACGUCUAGUUGAAAUGUUUGUAACUAAUGGUCUAGAAAUAAUGGAUCCACAACCAAUUUAUCCAGCAUUAGCAUCUCUUACGGGAUCGAGAACACAAUUUUUGAUAAAAGAAAAAAAGGUUUUUGAUGUAUUUUUCUCACUCUGUGAUGUGAUAUCAAGAAAGCCCCAUUUUUGUGUUGUAUCGAUGCUCAUGUGGUAGGGCCGCUAUUAUAGGAGUAGUUAUAUGUUAUAUAGUUCGAUUAUUGAUUUAUUCGCCUAGGUUGAAUGUUAGACUUACUUAAUUACUUUUUCUGACAAGUAACUCAAUGACAUUGAGAUAGCGGCUGAAGUACAUACUUAACACCGAUUAACCCAGGAAACAGUUUCCCACACUCACCUACUCAAAGACCAGAACAGAACAACACAACAGGUAGAAAAACCUCUGCAGUACCACACAAUUCAGUUCAUGACUCAGAAUUCAUGUGAUUAUAUAGAUUAGUUAUCUGACAGCGCAUCAGCAUAAAUAAGAAAUUAUAGUACGAACGAAACUAUAUUAUACGUGGAAAAGAGAAUACGUAAUCGAUUCGUAAUUACCUCCGGAAAAUUCCCAUUAUAUUAAAAACACAGUUGUAUGGACGAAGAAUAUUCUUUUCAAUAAUUUCUCAUCAGGUUCUACAAUUAUAAAUCCAAAUUAAUAAUCCAUAAAAUUGACCAGAUUUAAGACAGAGUACAUCAUUUGGAAAUUGUAAUAUGUGAAUUAAGAAUUGUUGUUUGUUAUAUCAAAUCAAAUCAAAUCGUUAAUGUUGGGGCUGACUAAUCGUAAUUAAUUAAUAAUAACUUGAGGGAGUCAAAACUGAACAAUAGUACACGACAGAACAAUACAUCCAUAUGUUAUCUUCCUCUCAGUCUUGAAUUCCAAUUUCUAUCCAUGUAUGCUUUUCCAUUCAGGCUUUUCGAACCUUACUCUUAAGACUUAGUCUUUCUUCUAAUUUUUGCUACUAGAUUAUUUCGAUCUAAUUUGCUGUUUUUAUUUUGUGGUGCUAUUCAGGUAAUGUCAGUUCGGGCGAAUGAACAUCUGUAUCAUAUUUUAUGUUGAUUAUAUAUAUACUCGGCUUCCGACUAUACUGUUUACUUUACUUAAAGGCUACUCUCAAAAUUUUUCUUUAGUUUUACUCAUAUAGAGAAGACUACUUCCACAUGAGCUACAAAUUUUCCUCAUCAUUUAAAAAAGAAAUUUAUCACACUCUUCCUUCUUUCUUUGCUGAUAUUUUCUAGGUCAUAUUUGGUCGUAAUUCAUUCGUUUAUCAACCGCAUAUCGAUUUAUCAAUGGAAGGUAUUGACAGUGGACGUAUAUCACGUUGUCAUGGUCAAAUACGCUUAAGUAAAGAUGGUAUAUUUUGGUUAACUAAUUUUUCAUCUCAUACUGUGUAUGUUGAUGGUAACCCGAUACUGACAGGUGAGUACUUGACGGUAAUAAUGUUUUUCUUUUCACUUUCUGUAUUUAUGAAUUUAUUAUGCGUGUGUAUAGACAGAUUGUGAUUCUGACGUUAAAAAUUGUCAUCGUGUAAAUUAGAACAUGAAUAGGAGGGCAAUAUUGUUUUCAAAUGAGUUCUUCGUCAGGUUUUACUCUCAUAUAUACCGAUAUAAAAAUAAAAAAGAAAUAUUUUGUUUUCACGAUAUAAACGAUAGUACGACUAGCGAUCAAGGUUUUGCUAAUACUAUACUGGAUACUAGAUCGAUAUGAUACAAAACAGAUUGAACCACGUUUUACCAGAUACAUGAUUCACAACCAAAAUAAGAGAACCAGAGCAUAGAUUAGACAAUACUUUAUUCAACACAAUUACAAAGCGGUCUACACUUAUUGAGUUCAGAACAGAAAUCAUUAAUAGGAAGGAAAAUCACCAAGUGUAAGCCGAGUAUCUGUUUGCCUGCGCUCAGUGACCAAUCAUAUCUUACUUCCACUAGCCAUACACCAUAUAUAAAAAUAUUUUUAUGGGCAUAAAUGAAGAAGCAUUGAAUUGAUCACGGCAGUUUACGGAUAGAUGGUAGCUACGACGCACGUUGCGUAACCAAACGUAGUCAUUAAGAAAUACAAAUACGGAUCGUAAGGUAGUGUUAGAACUAAUACUUGAGUUAGUGUUUCAACAUAGGAAAUAGGUCAGAGACUUGGGAAAACAAACGUUAACAAAUUAGUGUGAAACUCAAUAAAUGUAUUCACUAUAUAAAGAGAGAGGAGCAUUUUUAGUUCACAUUUGUACGUAACGAGCCAUCUUUUCCGUUUAUUUUCUAGGUGAAAUGUAAUUCAUUGUCACAUUUAUAAAAGUAAAAGUGAUUGUCAAGUGUACUACACCAUAAAACUAACUUCAUAUUGAUAGUGAUGAUAGUUCAUGUACGGUUCUUUUCUCUUCAUCUGAGUGACUCAUCAAUCACAACUUUGUAUCAAUGUUCUCUCGUCACGUAAACUAUCUGUAACCUACCCAGUAAUCAUACUUGUUUCUCAAGGAAAGUGAAAAUAGGAGGAAACAAUCACUCAAGUCGAAGAAUUAGAAUUAAUAGGCAAUUUAAAACGUCGGUGAAGGCUCUGACAAGAUAAAAGUCGUCUGAUCACAUUGAGAAACAAUGCGGACUUGUUUGGGAUGCGAUUCUCUCCCUCUAAACACAAAGUGUUACUUCACUGUCAGCACGCGAAUUAAUGAUAGGAAGGGAAGUAGUUGAAAGUAUCGAAUACUUAACCUAACUUGAGUCCUGAUAAUCUGAUGUUUGACAAAAUCUUGGCACGAAUUCAGAAAAUCCGUUGACUUUUUUCAACUUCGGUCACCUGUGGCAUAGGCGAGAUUAUCCACUUCUCAAAUGAUGGGCGACUUCAUUACUCAGCAUUUUGCUCAGUCCUACUUUAUGAAUGUGAAACAUGGUGAUUAAGAAUAGAGGAUAUUUGUAGGAUACUAGUACCCAAUCAUAGGUGUUUUCAAAGUAAUACUCAUAUAAUUUAGGACUAUAGAGUUAGCGAUUCUAAGCUUAGACUCACAGUACUCGGUAUGUCAGGUCGACUGACGGGGUAGUGAAUACUUGGGGUUAGGAUAUAUACAACUCAUGGCCAACUCAUGGACAACUAAAGGAAGAUGCGCAAAUAAUGUGUUUAAUGUAUGCUUUUCAUAUUUUACUUUGCCAUUGUGUGAUUUCACGUUAAACAAUAAAUUGGUUAUCCCGACUAAUUCUUUGUUCACUUCACAACAACAUUACGAUCUCCAUUUUCUGUAUUCUGGAUUUGAGGAGAUUGUAGGAUCUUAACUUACGUCAUGAACAUUUCUUAUGUUGAUCACCGUUGGAUGCCGGGUGAUUCGUCUAGAGGUUUCGUGUUAGCACGCAAGAACUGGGGUUCAUGGUUCGACCACCGGAUACGGGUUCAUGGAUGCGGACUACUACCUGAGCGAAAUAGCUAUGCAGUGCUUCCUGGUUUCAGUGGAUGCGUAAAUUAAGUCGGUUCGUGAUAUCAAUAUUGUUAGUCCGUGCUUAUUUCUGUGUUUAUGCGGAAUCUGGGACGGCCAUUCCAUCUGUUUAUGUGGUCUCAGUAACCUGGUUGAUAACGCUUUAGACAUUUGAAGCGGAAGGUAUUUAGUUUGACUCCUAAAGUGAACAACGACUCUUGGAUACAGGCACAUCCAGGUGACGAGUCUCAAGUAGGACGAAAUGCGAGUUCACAAUUUCAUUGGUAGCCACAUUCUAUCAGUUUUAUGGAUCUGUGCUUUAUGUAGUUGAACGUAUUCGACAGGAAACUCUGAGACAUUUUUGUGCUCAUUGUCGGGCUUUUUAACAAAGAGCACUUGCUGCAAUCUUCACGGAAACUGAUAUUAAUCUAUGAGAUUCGGACCCAUAUCUUUAGAUGAACAUAACACUGGUUACUUGCACUCAGAUAUCAAUCGAUUUAAAUAUGUUUAUUUACUCAUCUUUGUCUUACAUGAGAAGCCUUGUGACGUCAUACUACCUUUCUACCCAAACAGAAAUUAGUAUUGUUCGGGUUUGAACUUAUAAACCUCUGGUUUUGACCCAGAUAUUUGAUCCUUAUAAACUCACCUUUUCUACUUACAAUGAUUUCUUAAUUGAGUUAUCUGACUUUUAUUACCUCCUCACUAACACUUCACACUCCAUCUUUUGAAUAUUAGAUUGAUGUUUUUGAUAUCCAAAUAAGUAGGAGAUUGUGUUCCUGAUGUUUCGUAGCUUAAUGUAAGUCACUUUUUCAAAGUAAAUAAAUGACCAAAAUGUUUGUAUGGUAAUAUAUCAUAUUGCACUACAUAACCCGACCGAAGCUGCUACCUUGACGCGGUGGUCGGGCUUGCCUAUCGUGAUGACCCAACCGAGCUAUAUUGGCUGGAACAUAUGUUCCUGUAGGUUCUACCAUGCCAGGCAGGUCGAUUGGUGAACGGUAAGACUAAAAGCAGCAACUCAAGGUCUGAGGGCGAAGUCGUACUGCUGACUGUAGAGAGGUGUGACAGCAGUAAGGUGUUUCCCUCGGACAACCAGCAUCUGCAGCGAUGCUGCCUUCCCACAAGGAGGGGUGGGGUUAGAAAAGGUCGACCCUAAAAAUGUCACACCUCACCUUGCCUCACGGAUUUCCGUCUCUGGCGGCCCUUUGAAGAAUGGAGCUAACACGUCAAAAACCUUCCACAAAAAGGCCGUGCGCGACCGGCCUCAAGCAGUUGUCCCUUGGGCUCUGCGGUCACGCUCCCAGGUCGUCAAGACCAACACUAAUCCAAUUUCCUUUCCAGGUUCCUCAAGAAAUACCCUUCCACAGUGUGGGCAGCCAGGAAGUGAUAUCAGCCCUCAUACCCGUAACAGCACACGAGACCAAGUUGGUCACAUUCAAAUCCUUCCUACACCUCCUAAUACCUCUCUUAUCUCCAUGACUAACCCUCCUCGCACUGCUAGGGCAAACGAUUCGAGUACGCGGAACGUUAUUCCUGGUCUCCUGAAACCACGCUCUAAACUACAUGUAGGAGCUUUUAACGUCCGAACACUGUGCCAAAUAGGACAGCAGGCUUCUUUAGCUAGGACUUUAGAAUCCCGCGCCAUCGAUGUGUGCUGCGUCUCCGAAACGCGCAUACAGGAUCCAAGUAGCGUCAUUCAUUUGACCUCACCAUGCCAAAAUAAAGAACCGACUCGAUUCACGUUUCGUGUAUCCGGAAGCCCGGAUUCUGCUUCCCGUGGCCUCGCCGGCGUAGGUGUAGUAUUGAGUCCUAGGGCAGAACUAGCUCUCUUAGAGUGAAUCCCAGUAGACAGUCGUUUGUGCGCUGUCCGACUGAACGGAACAGUAAGGACCCGAAAAGAUAGGACACUCGUCGUUGCCUCUUCGUCGUCUCUGCCUAUUUUCCCACUGACUGCAGCACAGAUGAUGUGAAAGAUGAGUUUUACAUAAAGCUUUCCGAUCUCCUCCUAAAAGUUAGGCGCUCGGAUGUGGUAAUAGUGGAUGGUGACUUUAAUGCUCAAGUAGGUAAACUAAGCGAUAGGGAAAGACACCUGGGUGGAUCUUAUAGUGUUGUGGCUCAAAGAACAGAUAAUGGCGACCGUCUGUUGCAGCUAUGCUUAGAUAACCGCCUCUUUCUUGCAAAUACUAAAUCUAGGCAUAAGGAAAAACAUCUUUUAACAUGGCGACCCCCUGAUUCGUCCCAACGUUGGACCCAAAUAGAUAAUAUCGCUAUCAGCCACCUCUGGAGGGGCUCGAUAGAAGACUGUCGCUCAUUCUGGAGCACAUGCUUAGAUUCAGAUCAUGCUCUAGUACGAGCGCGUAUCUGUCUGCGUCUUACUGGACGUAGGAAUGACGCUUCAAUUAAACCUCUUAGGGCCCUACUUAAUGAUAGUCAAGCUAAGAGUAUAUUUCAGGAACAACUAGGACAACAGUUAGGCAGACAUGUAUGUGAUGCCCACCCCGAGGCAGCAUGGAAUGAUAUCCGAAAAGCUGUGGAAACAGCAAUGUUGUCUGCUAGUACGGUAACCCGUAAGGUUAGGGAGAAACACUGGAUCUCAACAGCAUCUAUCGCACUGAUAGAUGCUCGGAAACUCAUUCCACCUGGCUCUGAACAUAAUGAAGAGCGAAGUCAGCUUAAGCGCAAGCUGACAAGAAGUAUACACAAUGAUCGUGAACAGUGGUGGGUAGCGAAAGCACGACAGAUGGAAAAGGCAGCGGCAAUAGGUAAUAGCAGACAAUUGCUCAGACUUGUUAAGGAAACCGGUAUUAGGAAACCGACUGUUAGCGAAACAAUCUCAGAGAAAGAUGGACAUAUUAUACAUUCUCAAUCCAGGAGAUUGGAUCGAUGGGCAGACCACUUCAGGGAUCAGUUCAACUGGCCUUCAGCCACACUUCGGUUUCCCACGCUCUCCAGUCAACUUGAAUGGCAAGUUGAUGUAAGUCCUCCAACCCUUUACUAAGCUGAGAAAUUUAUAGGAAAUCUGAAGCGUAGAAGAGCAGCGGGCCCUGACAGGUUUACUCCUGAGAUUUUUAAGGAUGGUGGUUCAGUAUUAGCAGCGAGAUUGACUGAGGUCUUAGGUAGAAUCUGGGAACUGGACGUAAUCCCAUCUGACUGGUCUCAAUCAUUGAUUGUGCCAGUUUUUAAGAAAGGACAAAAGUCCUCUUGUGACAAUCACACAGGAAUCAGUUUAACUAAUAUAGUGUCUAAAACAUUAGCUUCAAUAAUACUUCGACGCCUAGCCAAAGCUCGUGAAGAACAGACUAGAGAAAACCAGGCUGGUUUUCGACCUGGACGUGGUUGUAUAGAUCAGAUAUUCACACUACGUCAGGUUCUAAAACAUAGACACACAUUCAGACGCCCCACAAUGGUAGUAUUUCUUGACCUUAAGGCAACAUUUGACUCUGUUGAUUGUAAGGUUCUAUGGCAGUGUUUGUCACUGAAAGGAGUACCAAUGAAGUACAUUAACCUUAUAAAGGCUCUCUACUCGAACACAACUGGUAGAGUGAGAGCUUAUGGCGAACUGUCAUCAGAAUUGAUCACCUCAAGUGGUGUUCGUCAGGGCUGUCCACCCUCUCCAUUCUUGUUCGACUUUGUCGUCGACGUACUUUUAGAGGUAACACUUUCCUCGUCUAGGUUUCCAGUGGUUGAACUUCUACCGGGAGGUUCACUUGUUGACUUAAAAUAUGCUGAUGACAUAAUUUUAUUUGGUGAAGACGCUGACAAAAUGCAGAGUCUUCUGACCACUCUAAGCAACAAAGCAGGCAUGUUUGGGAUGCGAUUCUCCCCCUCGAAAUGCAAAACGUUGCUUCAGGAUUAGGUUGCAUUGACAUCCAAACUAAUGAUAGAGAGUGAAGUAGUUGAGCCUGUCGACCGCUUCACUUAUCUUGGAAGUCUCAUCAGCCCUUGUGUUCUGGUGUGUGACGAAAUCUCAUCACGGAUACAGAAGGCUCGACUAGCUUUUGCCAACUUACGUCAUUUAUGGCGUAGGCGAGAUAUCCGUCUAUCAACCAAAGAACGUGUUUACUGCGCAGUAGUUCGUUCCGUCCUACUUUAUGGCAGUGAAACAUGGCCGGUAAGAGUAGAGGAUAUUCGUAGGUUACCAGUAUUUGAUCAUAGGUGCCUUCGAAAUAUUGCUCGUAUAUCCUGGGACCAUCGAGUAAGUAAUGCAGUUGUUAGGAAACGGGUACUAGGUAAGGAUGGCAAAUCGAUUGAUGAAGUAAUGGAACUUCAUCAGUUGAGAUAGCUGGGACACGUGUUACGUAUGCCCAACCACCGACUGCCCCGACGUGAGAUGUUUUAUGGUGUUAGAGUUGGUUGGAAGAAAGCUAGGGGCGGCCAGACCAAAACAUGGCACAAGUCCAUGAAGUCACUGACAAGUAGACUGAGUCAUAUUGGUAGGUGUAGACUAGCUGGUUGGGGACCGCGAGAUGAUAGCAACCGAUGAUUAGAGACUUUGAAUGACAUGGCUCAAAAUCGUUUGCAGUGGCGCAGGUGCAUCCAAAUUUUGAUCUCCCUAUUCCUCCUCGUCUCUUUUUUUCUCUUUCCAGAUUUAUUUCACUGUAUUAUACUCUUUAAGUAACAUCUCCAAACACUCAUACUCUUAUUACCUCUACCACUAUGGGAUUUGAAUCGACAACUGCAUCUCUGUGCUAAUGUGGUGUGGCAACUCGAAGUGAUGUAUGUACGUACGAAGUUCUACGUUGUUACUGAUUGACUGCACUACAUAAAGUCGUAUUUGUUUUAUUUCGGUCGUUUAUUUACUUUGAAGAAGUGACUUACAUUAAGUUACGAAACGUCAGAAAUACGAUUUUCUACUCAUUGGGAUAUCAGAAAAGUAGAUUUAUUGUUAAUCUUCUGCCCAAUGGUCAAUUUCUUUAAAACUAUCAAAUCCUACCUUGGCAUUGAUCCUAUCGUUUGGUGUUUAUCCGUUCAUGCGCUAUAUCACUAUUAACAUUCAUACGCAAUUAGCCGUUACUCAUAAUCGUGCAAAUAAGUACUGAUUUCUUUUAGUUCCAGAAUUGAAUCUUUUUUCUUCUACUUGUUUAGAGCAAUUAGUAACACUCAUUUUCAGCGUAAGAGUGUUUUUUCCGUAGGUUUCAUACUUGUAAUUUGUUUUGCAUGAUACUACUUUCUUAUUUACAUAGCAUUCCAUUGUGAUAUAUAGUAUCUUUACAAAUUAGAGAUAAAUACUAAUUUACAUUCUGAUACAAUAUACACAUAAUUUAGCCAUUAAACAACAAAUAAUAGUUUUACGUUCCAUAUUUAAAAAUUGUUUAUGUUUGCAUCUGUUUGUGUCAGUAGAGUUUAUGUUAGGAAGCUCAAUAUCACACAUCCUACACAGCUGAUUGAGCUUGAAAUAUACAGUUCAUAGUACUUGUUUGUUUGUGCGUGGAAAUCCUGGCAGUACAUUUGGAGGUGAUGCAUACUUAAAACACCGACUCGUUCGAUAUGGCAUUGUUACGUUUUAUUGAGAGAAUAAGGAUGCGGGCAGAGAUAUCUAGUAAUAAUAAAUUUGAACUCCGUAAUAGCAGUCUCAGGAUUACGGCGGUUCAUGUAGCAAUGAGAUCAGCGGGAAUCGAGUUAACCUCGAAACAGAUGCAAUCUUACGUCAACCAUCCAUUGUCUAGCUACUGUGAGGUGUGAGAAUGAAUUGAUCGAUCUAUACCGCCGUUGCUGUCAGUAAUCUCUAAGGAACAAACGUUACGUGAUGAAUCUUCCCAUACUUAUCUCGUAGAAGUGCAAAUAAUAUUAAGUAAUUGUCCUAUUAGCACCCUCGACUCAAAAAGUCAAUCAUAGGCUUAGCCUUUCUCAGAAUAGUUCACCCCUGUUAGGAGUGUGAUGGUGUUACAACCGAGAGUAGAAUCAGAAAUAAAUACUCUAAAGAAUAUUCUUGUUAAUGUAUUCUGUUAAAGGUGUUUGACAGAAUAUUCACCAUCACUGCAAGUUCAGCAAAAAUAAUCAAUAAGUGUAAACGUUUUGAUUGUUGUCCGUUGGUCGACGUAAUAAUGCAAGAAUAGGUCACUGUUUCUAUUGGCAACAUAGAUGAACUAAUCGAUAAUCAGACUCCCAAAUAUCAUGAAAUCGCCUUGCAGUCAUAACGAUGCGAUCAGACGGGAUCUAAUACAACUCCGUAGCUGAUUAUAUUUUUUCCUAUUCUUAUACUGACAUUACUUUAGUUUUUAUUGCGGACGUUAGAUCUACAGAACUCACUUGUAAAAAGUCCAAAUUUUGUACUUUCAUUUUGAAAAUUUGAAUUUGUUUGUUUUCGCGCCAAAAGCGCUCUUUUCACCUUCAUGUCGUAUUUCCCACUUGGGAGAAUCUUGAACGCUAUUGAUCCGUUGUAUCUCUUAGUAUGCUAUUUUGUAACGCUUCCCAAGGACCGUUUUGUUCUGUAUAUAUAUGUUUUGAUUUGUGUCUGUUGUGAUCGCCCCUGUUUCUGGCUUUUUGCGGAAUAUACUUCCCCGUUCGGACUUUGACUUCUCUCUCUAGUUAGCGGGGCUGGGACGCAAUAGAAUAGCUAGUUUAUUGGUCCUUGGUUGCAAGUCUUUGUUCCGUUCGCAGUCUAAGUGAACUCGUAACCGCUUCAAACAUAGCAAAUUUACACGCUAUGAACGUACAAUAUAUUAAAGAUACGUUUGUUUGUUCAGACUAUAGUUGUAAAACCCAAACUCUGAUCUUAUACGGUAUUAUAGAAAUGUGAUCUUAAAGAAAAGGAUACAUAAUUGUAGGCGAGAAACAAUUCUACAAUCUAACCACUCAGUCAUAUCGUCAAUGGUAUCAAUGAAUUGAAUAAUAAUUUUUCUCUUUCCUAAAUAUAAUCAGUCCCGCGACAUUAUGAUGGAAUUUUCUUUAAUCUCAAUGAUUAAAAUGAAUAUUUGCUCCUGUCUGUUUGUUUAGUUUAGUUAACGGUUGUCAGGGUUCUGUGUAUGGUUGUGCACUUUUAAGUCGUCAUUUUCCUUAUUCGUAGAUGAAAUUGUGCACCACAUUCAAAAAGCAUUGAUUUACAAUCAUUCCCUAACUUUGGUAUUAAUUGUUUUAUGUCAGCCUGUAGUAACGAAAUUUCUGUAAUCUGCAAGAUGGUACUGAUGGGCAGAGCCAGGAUUACAAAGAUUCUGAUUGCAUGUUGAUUUACAGACAUCAACUAUUCCGUCAUAUUUUCAAUAAUUAAUAAACCUAUCGACUAAUUUUUCCAGGGUUUAUUUUGUUUUUUAACUUGUUUUGUUCUCUUUUUCUAGACGAAGAAGUUGAGCUGAAGGAUUUCGCAACAAUUUUAGUUGAUCAUAUCACAUUGAGAUUUGAUGUGAAUCAUGAUUACGUGAAUUGGAUAUGUAGCAAUGAUAGUACCACUGCCACCACUACUAAUAGUAUAUUUAUUUAUAGUUGUGGUAAUGAUAAUAGUGAUACGAGCCAUUCCAUUAAAAAUAAUCAUUAUGACGGCGACAAAACUCUCAUAAUAACAUAGAGGGAAGUAUUUCAGAAGAAACUCAACUAUUCGUCAAUAGUCAGAGUGAACUAUCAGAAACCCCGAAAUUAACAGGAUUGUCAGGUUUUAAACACCCAGAAAAUUAGUGAUCGAUCACCUUCAAGUGAAUAAAAAUAAUCCUAGACUCAUAAUAUUGUUAUUUGGUAAAAUGUAUUUUAAUUUGUGUGAGCUGUUUUAUUUUCAUAAGAAAUAUUCUGCUCUGAUGUGUUACUAUUAAGCUGUCCAUCGGGAAGUAAUUUCUUUAUAUUAUGGUCGUUUGUGGGAGACGACAGUGUGUUUUACUACAUAGUGAUUUGACUGAUUCACAAUUUUGUCAGGUUCCUGUCUGAUAUAUAGGUUAGAUUAUACUAAUUAAAAUCAAUAAAUUCAUCCACUGAUUUAUCUUGCUCUGUCUCAUUAAUAUUAUUCUAACGCAUUCAGUCAAAAUAGAACUGAUCCUAAUUGUUUAGAAGCGGUAGUUAUUAGGAUGUUUCGUCCUUGAUCUGUCUACCCACUUUUGUGCAGAGGAUAACUUGUGUAUUCUAGAUUAAGACCUUGACGCGGUAGGCUGACUGGAUUAACCUUGAGGCUAGCAUGUGGGGGUUCGAGGUGAGACCAACUGCUUGAGAUAAACAGACGAAAACUGUUCUAUCACCUGCUUGGUUGACAAGCACGCGAGUGAGAGAGGACAAGUCAACUGGAACACUACUCGAUUUAUUCCUAAUUCCGAUCUGAUUCCCGAUUUCAGAUUAGUGUAAAAAGAUACAUGAAGAAAUAGGUAAUUAACCAGACCACAGCGCACAAACAAUUGGGAAAAUACAACCAUGUCCAGAGCUAGGGAUUAGAGUAGAGUCAAUCAGUCACUCAGCUACAACGUAGGACCAGGCACAUAUAUGCAUCGGUCCAAGUUGCCAUACCUCAUUAACACAACAAGAUGGACACCGGAUUCAUAAAAGUAGUUAAUUCAGAGGUGGUAAUAUAUAAAUGAAAAAUUGCAUAUAAGGAUACAGUAUAGGAAGAAAGAAUUAGUUAGUAGAAAGAAAGAAAUGAAGCGAUUUGAAUCUCUUAGUUUAAGGGAAGACAGAGCGUGUAUUCACCGACGCUAUUGUGAUCGAUUCUGAGCCAUGUCACCAAGAGUUUCCAACCAUUGGUUACGAUAGUCACGCGGACCCCAACCAAGUAGUCUGCAUCUACCAACAUGGUUAAGACUAAAAGUUGGUGACUUCAAGCACUGAUGCCACGUUUUGGUUUGGCUGCCCCUAACUUUCUUCUAACCAUCCCCAACACCGGUUAGCAUUGCACGUCGUGUUAAUCGGUGUUCAGGCAUAUGUGACACGCGGACCAACCAUCUCAGUCGAUGAAAAUUCACAACUUCAUCAACUGGUUUACCAUCAUUCCCUAAUACCCUACGUCUAACCUCACUAUUACUUACCCAGCGAUCCCCGCAGAUGCAAGCAAUAUUUCACUCUGGAUGGUAAGCAGAUAGAAGUAGUUGAGAAGUUCGUGUACCUGGGGGUGUGAGUGAUGAGAUCAAUGCACAUAUAGUGAAAGCCAGAGCGGCUUAUGCCAAUCUGGACCAUCUUUGGCGCCUUCGUGAUGUUAGUCUGGCUGUAGAAGGUCGGAUCUACAUCGCGUCGGUGAGAGCAGUUUUGCUCUAUGCUUGUGAAACCUGGCCUCUGAGAGUUGAGGAUGUUACACGACUCUCUAUGUUCGAUCAUCGUUGUCUCAGAAGGAUUGCUGACAUCCAGUAGCAACACCAUGUUAAUAAUGCAGAGGUUCGGCAUCGGGUGUUCGGGCACAGAGACGAUAAUGCAAUUGGUGUCACCAUCUUGAAACACCGACUUCGGUGGCUUGGAUAUGUUCUACGAAUGUCGUCCCAGAGAAUUCCACGUCAUGCAUUAUCUGCCGACUCUGGGACUGGUUGGAAGAAGCGGAGAGGUGGUCAGUGUAUGACAUGGCGUCGUAGUAUGAAAGAAAGCUGCAAAGGACUGGCUUGUGUUGGUCCUUCACGACUCCCUGGCUGGGGUCUGAGAGAUGGUGCGACACAGUGACUAGAGACGUUAUCAGAUAUGGCUCAGAAUAGAAGCCGGUGGCGAUCCUGCUGUAACCUUCUUUUACUUUCUUCAUAAAAAAAGUGGUUGUGUCUUCCUUAACUGAAAGAUUUCUUCUGAUUGUACCUUUUCGUUCCCCCAUUAUACCAUUAUUAUUAUUACACCACCUUACAUCAAUCUCUUUGUUAGUAUUCUCUCUUUUCAUUCCCCUUAAAUUCUCAUUGUUUUGUGUGGCGCAUUAUUGUACCAAUAGUUAUGUGUUCAAAUAAAUCUAAAUAAAUAACUUGAGGUUGCGAAAUCAGUUCCUCAUAAGCUAUCACUCGACUAGUAGUGUUCAAGUAAAGAACCUUCAAAAGGUUUAUAUACUUCUGAGGUACGCCUUUCAAUGACAGACACUGCCACAGAAUCUCGCGGUCUACCGAGUCAAGUGCUGCUUUUAAGUCGAGAAAGACCACCAUUGUCAAACGCCUAUGAGUAUGCCUGUGUUCUUGAACCUGACGAAUGGUGAAUAUGUGGUCGAUACAGCCACGACCAGGUCUGAAGCCAGCUUGAUUCUCUCGUGUUUGCAGUUCACGAGUCUUUGUUACGCGUCUGAUAAUUAUUGAUUCUAGUAAUUUAGAUGCUAUGUUAGUCAAACUAAUCCCUUUAUGGUUGUCACAGGAUGAUUAUGACCUUCUCUUAUAUAUUGGGAUGAUAAGUGAUUGUGACCAGUCAGAUGGGAUUUUAGCUAAAAUAUUAGUCAACCUAAUCGCUAAAAUUGGACCACCAUCCUUAAAGACCUCUGAAGCCAAUCCAUCUGGACCAGCUGCCCUUCCUCGUUUCAGAUUAACUAUAGCCUUUUGAACUUCAGCAAGAGUUGGGGGACCUACUUCAAUGUUCCAUUCACACUGUCUGGAAAUGGAGGGUAGUUGUAUAGUAGCUGAAAGCCAGCGCAACUGUUCUCUAAAAUGUUCCGCCCAUCGUUCUAAACGUCUGGACUGGGAGUAGAUAGGAAUGUCGUCUUUUUCCGAGAUAGUCUCACUUACACUUGAAUUUUUAGUUCCAGUUUUUUUUGUUAGUCUAAAAAGCUCUCUGAUGUUACCUACAGCCACUACCUUUUCCAUCUUUUUUGCUUUUGUUGCUGACCACUUCUCACGGUCGUUCUUUAGACUGUUGGUCAACCUUGAUCUGAUUUGCUUUCGCUCUUCAUCGUGUUCAGAGCCUGACGGGACGAGUUUACGAGAAUCUAUCAGUACAAUGGACCUUGAAGAAAUCCAUUGGUUCUUUUAACCCUGUGGUUUAAGUACUAAUAGAUGUCACUGCUUUUUCCACAGCUGUUUGUAUAUCUUUCCAAUCAACAUCUGGGUCAGCCUCGUUUUCAGAACUACCUAAGUGUGACCUCAGUUGUUCCUGGAAUCUACAUUUGGUUUUCUCGCUACUCAAUUCACUUCUAAUGGCUCAUUUUAGUGUUGCUUUUUUGCGUCCAGUGAGGUGCAAGGAGAUGCGUGCUCGUAUUAGAGCAUAGUCGGAGUCUAAGCAGGUAUUUCAAAAUGAGCGAAAAUCUUCCAUCGAUCUAUUUAGCCGAACAGCACAUAAACGACUGUUAACGGGGCCCCACUCUAACAGCGCUUGUUCCGCCCCCAUGCUUAGUGCUAUGCCUACACCUGCCAGUCCACAAGAACUGGUCAUCGGGUCUCCAGAUACACGGAGGGUUUAACUCGUCGGCUCUCCCUUUUGCCGAGGUGAGGUCAAGUGAAUGACCACACUGGGAUCUUGUAUGCGUGCUUCGGAGACACAGCAUAAAUCAAUGGUACGAGAUUCUAGGGUUCUAGCCAAGGAGGGCCGCUGACCGAUUUGACAUAGUGUGCGUGAGUUGAAGGCUGAAAUGUGUAGUUUGGAGCGUGGUUUCAAUAGACCUGGGAAUGUUUUGCGCACUAGAAUCGUUGGUUAUGGUGACACUUGAGGAAGAAGUCUGUUAUGACCUUGACGUCUGGUUUUUCUAUCACACGAAUUAUCUACCAAUCCGAAUACGACUUAUACGAAUAUUCACACUAGGCCAACCAAUGACGUUCAACCGGUG